CAACACAGACGUGAAGGGAGAUGGUCAGAGCUGUUCUGCCUGCCGCCCACAGUGUUGCGUGCUAGCCUUGUGUUUCCUUCACAUGAUAAACCCACCAGGGCGACUCCCCCGUCUCCCCCCAGUGAGAGGGGGCGUGAUUGCAGUGGUUUGGAGAGAGACUACAAAAUUCUCGCUUUUCUACAAGCCUUCACAAACUGGAAUAUUUUUCAUGUAACUGGUCAUGCCAUUUAGUGGAUGUGUUGAUGAGAGCAGGCAGUAGGCUGCAUUAGCUCUGUUUACAAAGGUGUGGAGAUUAGCAUACGGCACCCCCCGUGAUAGGUGGGUAGUUCACCUUGGACAUCCUGGGGCCCCCCAGCCCAGGGUGGGUGAGUCGAUCUCGCUAGCGACCAUUGUCAGUGAGGGAUACACGAGCCACAGGGUUAUUGCUGUCCUCAGUGACAAGGCUGGCCGAGCUUGGGGGCUACUUCUCCCAGGGUCAAGUUCCACACACUUCAGUCGAAAGCGCGGUGAUUUCACAAAUUUUGUGCCAUGACCCGGCAGACGUACACAGUACAGUGCUGCAGGUUCAGUCAUAUAUGGUGAGGUUCUUAUGCUGGGUCUAGAGGGGGGGCUUUUUAAACUCUCUAGGAACUUGUCUUUUCACACUAGACACUUGUCUUGGCACCUAGAGAUUUGUCUUCUUUACUCUAGACGCUGUUUGAUCUCUCUAGAUGCUUGUCUUGGCACUCUCUGGCUUCCGAGAGCUCCCUAACAUUUAUCUUCCAUGAUAGUUGUCAACUCCAAAAUGACCUCGUCCGAUUCUCCUCGCCUGAACCUGGCUACGGCUUCGAGGGACUUCCUGGCCACUGUGGAUUACCCCCUGCGUCCAGUGGUAUCCAGGACCUGGGAUAAGCCGUCCAGGUCACGGUCACGGUGGAACUGCAGUUACUUCCCGCAGUCAUUCCCCGUGUACCGGAUGCAGCGGGUGGUGAGCGUUGUGCUGUGCCUGCUGGGUCUGCUGCUUCUCUCUGUGGUUGCCUUCGUCCUGGUACAGGUCACCCCCACCACCCAGAUCCUGAGAAUGGAACUCACACCCACGCCAGAUACGAAAAAUAGCAGGCAGCACCUAGUGGCCGAUGACAGGAAGUGGGACGUGGGAAUAGCAAGGACCGCGAGGAAACUGGAAGACCAUCCUGAGUACAAGCGAAGUGUAGAGGAGGUCUACAGUGACGAUGAGGCUCCCGACGAAGACGACGACGAGGAUGACUUGAUAUUAAAUGAAAGCUACGACGAAAACUAUGAGCAUCAAGAAGAUGACGAGUACAACCCAGUUUUUGACAUGAAAUACUUCGACUUUUCCAUCAAGGAGGGUGAAGGUGACCUCAACGCGGUUGCUAACCGUGGCCAGAAUCAGGAAGAUAAAAAGAAGGGAAAGAAGAUGAGUGAGGAUGCAGAAUCGAGACACAAUGUUGUCGAAGCCUCCAACUCCUUCAAGACCCCUCGAGUGGGACAGAAGUGGACAAACCUGCCGAGAGUUAUCCUCGUUAACGACUAUGGCGUGGUGGUGGUUGAGGAGGGUGUAGUCUUCUCUGGGGCAGUUGAGGCCAUUCUGCAGGAGCCGCAGACGAGUGAUGCCUCCGUAGGAGAGGUGCAGAAGCAGCUGAGAAUGCGGGAAGUGAGAGGAUUACAGGAACCUACCUGGGAGAGGUGUGGGCGGCCCAAGAACCAGUGGGUGGAGCUGAGCGGGGACGUCGCUGCCUGUGCCCGCUACAGGUAUCCUGAUGACUACCUACUGCUGGGUGAGGUACUCAGCUUCUACCUAGCCAGACUUCUGGGUGUGGGCCACGUGCCCCCAGUGGCUCUGAGCGAGCCCUCCACGCCUCGCUGGGCCUCCGUGGCCUCCAAGAUGACCCUGGCUGGAUGGGGAGACGCUCCGGUCGUGGUCCUCACCCCCUGGAUUGACGACUUGGUCAGGGACCAUAUGCCUACCAUUCUCCUUGAUAUUAUCCUCAAGAACUCCACCUUAUGUAUCCUGGAGGAGGAAUCGCCGAAUGAAGAGCCUAGCGAAGACCUGCAGGGACAUAAACUUUAUGGAGUGUCCAGACUCGAAGAUCAGAAACUCGUGACGCAGAGAAGCGAAGUGGAGGUGAAGGAGGGUAGGAAAAAGAAGCAGGAGGCGAGAGGGAGCAGGUCUCUGAAGCAGGCGUCGGAGAAGGACCUAGUGCGUCUGUUACAGUGGAGCGACCUAUUGGUCUUCGACUACUUAACGGGGAACUACGAUCGUGUGGCUUACAUGCAGGAUGCUGCUGAGAAGGAGAGUAGACCCCAGAUACUGACUGGCACCAUCCAUAACCUGGUCCGGAGCGAGACAACGGACGCUCUCUGGCUCCUGGACAACGAGUCCGGACUCAUGGAUGCGUACACCCUUCUCUAUGGUGCCGCCGACCCGGCACAGUCCUCCCGCUUCCAUGCCUUCCACGAGCGCAUGCUGGCGUCUCUGUGCGUGUUCAGGAGAUCCACCAUGGAGGCGGUCCUGGGACUGGCCCAACACCCACAACCAGCGCGUCUCCUGGUCGGGUUCGCUAAGACCAACGAACCCCUCUUCGGCAAGCUGCCGGACCCGCUCAAGAACGAACUCUUCGUGACGCACUUCCCACAGCGACUAGCACGAGUGCGUGACUGGAUGAGCAAGUGCGUCGACAAGCUCAAGAAGAUACCCAAUAGCACAAUCAGUAAACUAUGACUGAAUGUCAAUUCAUAUAUAUUUUUUGUACCAAGAAAAAUGA